UUUGGGAGGGUCGACACAGGAAAUCCGAAUUGGAUGAACAGUUAGCCAUAUUACUCGAAUUUGCUUGGUAGUUCCGUUCUUGCCAUGGAUUCUCUUUCAAAGAUUGGAUGCCUAACGUUGUAUCGUACUGUUCACAUCCCAAGAAUCCCUGUCCGGAGUGCUUCUUUCACUAGGAAUAGUUCACUGGUUUCAGUUUUAAGAGCUGGUCCGUCUUCAGCGAGUAAUUUGGAUGGGGAUGUAUUACAAAUUUUUUUCAAAGAGAGAGAACUGAACGGUGAUUUUAUAUCAAGAGCUUCUGAUUUAUUGUGGCUGAGGAAGUUCAGAAAUUCUGUUGACUCUAAUAGUAGCGAGCUGGCCAACACUUCUCAAAAAACCGAGCAGAUCAUAGAGGGUGCUGACGAUGAUGGCUUUUUGAAGCUCUCAAGAACCCAAGAGUGGAUAUUAGGUGACAAUACCGCACCAAUGAAUAAAAAGGCAGUUGCCAAGGCACUGCAAGACAGCAGUGAAAGACGGAAGAAACUAAACCUUCUUAAAUACGAAUCUCUCAAGAGGGAAAUACUGCUUCUAUCUGUGGGUAUUGGAUUGGCAUGUAGUGGAUAUUGCUUGAUAACUUUGUCAGUACAGGCUGCUGUAAGUUAUGCUAUUGGAGUGCUUUUCAGUUGCUUGUACCUUCAGCUUUUGUAUCAACAUGUAGACAACCUAUCUAGCGAAGAUGUUCCUCAAAUUUUCAUGAAAAAGAAGUCAAAGAAAAUUGGUAUAAGAAGUGAGGACCUUCAGGAUUUAUUGGAGAGAUCAAUCAAGGGUGUUAGCAUUUCGCUUUCAUCUCCAAGACUUGUGAUCCCAGCAGCAAUUUUUGGACUUUGGGUUCUGUGUCAUCACUAUAUAUUGGACGACUUCUUUGAUUUUCAGAUUGUGCCAGCCAUGUUUGGGAUGUUUGCCUACAAGGCUGCUGUUCUUGUGCAAGUUUAUAGAGACAAUGAAGACUUGCAAUUUGUAUUUCCAGAAAAUAAGGAAGGCUCAAGUGAUUGAAAUACAAGUUUUGCUGUUGCUCAGUACCAUAAUUUACAUUCGUUAUUUUUGAAUCUUUCACAAGCUGAGCAGCAUCCUGAACUUGUCUUGUAAAUACCUUGUAACAAUAUUGAUGAUGAUCAGAUUUUAUUAACUUCUCUGUGUGCAUCUCAAGCUCAUGAGAUAAUAGAGCUUGCAGCUAACCCUUUUCAUUUUCAUAGUAUACAUGGCUUCCUUUUGAUGCAAGGCUAAGAACAUGAUCAUCACUAUUGUCUUCCCCCCAUACUAUAAUGUUGUCAAUAUACCUCCAUUUUUUAUGUGUUUCUGACUAUAGUGUAACUUUAUGGAAUUGCAACGUGUUAUGGUACCCUGCUUAUUACGUAGUCACGCUGUGUUAACUGAUGUCAAGAAGAAUGGUCAAACUGCUAUUUCAACUAUGACAGGUGAUUACAAAUAUAUAAAUAGAGCUUUAUUGUUCGAAUCAAAUCUUGUAAAGUUAGUAUGCUCUAUCUUGCUCCUCUGAAUGCUAUCUGUUUUAUUUGGUUGGAUUAUGUUUUGAUUUGUUGAUUUUAUAGUUGCUAAUUUUCUUUUCUUUCAACACUGAUUUUUUCAUUUAUUUCUUUGCUUCAAUUGCAGAUGAAGUUUCUUGUUUCAGCUCCUGAACCAAGAAAAAGUUGCAUCCCUGACCAUUAUAAAUGUACAGGUUUUUACUUGACCUUUUCAGAAGAGUCAUUAGCCAGUAUUUUUUGGCAAAAAAAAAAAAAAAAAACUAGCCAAUGAUUUGAACCAUUAAGAGACAUUGUAAUAAUACAUGGUUGAUACUCUUGGCUUCUCAAGUUUGAGUGUCAGGUGUCAAUUUCGAACCUUCAAGUUUCUAUGGAAUCACACACACAUUUCUGAUCUGACUUGAUUGAGGAUAAAUUCAUGAAAUAAGAAUUAUUUGUGUAGUAUAAUAUUGAUAGCUGAAACAACACUACAACGUACACACAUUUUUAAUGAAUCCCCUUCCUUUGAUCUUUAUUUUGGCUAUUGGGAAAAAUCAGGAUCAUAAGCGUAGCCGCUGUUCAUCUUUUGUAUGGCAAUAGGGGUGAUUGGUGGUAUGGAAGAUGGAUGAUGAUGCCAAUCAGCUACCCGCCAUUGCGAUAGUGGCAUCAACCGACAAUAUGUAAUUCUACUAGCUCUGCCUAUAAGAUCGUUUUGUAUGUUAUUUUUUAUUUUCAUUAUAGGCAUUAACAGUGGGAAGUGUUAAAAGAACUAUUUUUAAGUUAUACGUUAUUUUUGUCCA